CGCCGCCUCCACCACCUCCACCACACUGCUGAAGACGACGACGACACAGCCAGCAACAACAACGAUGAUGAUGACGAUGAUGCGACGAUUGGCCAGCAGUGGCCUGCGUGCCUUUGGCGUGCAGCCCACAGCCACCCAAACCCUAGCGUCCACAAGAACAUUUGCCACUUUCCAACAGCGCAUCGCACGUGGCCACCUCAUGCAACGCUGGCAGCCAACGCGUGCCAAGUCUGACGCAGUGACAAAGGGCACGGGCAAGGGUGGCAACAAGCAGCUUGCUUCUGAGAAACCUUUUGCAGAGCUGACAGUCGCCGAGAAAGUCGUGGAGACGGGCAAGGAUGCUGGUUCUGUGAGCGUCAUCGCAAUUGGAUUCGGCCUUGGCUUCUUGUUUCUGGUGAGCAUUGGCAAGCAGCUGCUGUUCAAGGAGACGCCCCGCACCGUGUACACUGACACCAUCAAGAAGCUGAAGAAGAGCGAGGAGCUGGAAGAUGUGCUUGGCACCAUUGAGACGGGCUCUGUCGGUGCCGGCUUCAACCCCUUCCGGGCGACGGAGUACAUUGCUGGGGACAACAACCUGCUGCGCAUGGAGUUUCAGAUUAAGGGCACGCGCGGCACCGGUGUUGCAUACCUCGAGAUGAAGAAGCCGACGUCGCUUGUUGGCAGCACGCUGAAGAGCUACCGCUACCGAUACCUGUUUGUCGACUGCAAAGACGACGCGACGCAGCAGACCAAGCGAAUCAUCCUGGAAGACAACCGCGCAGAGGACAACUGAUUGUUGUGACAUGACUGUGACACGUGCUUCGUGCUUUGUGAUGUGAUGUCUCUUCCUUUGUGUGUUUGUCACAUCAUGUGCGUAUCUCAUGUGCGUGGAGUUCACGAUGAAUAGAGAGCGAAACAAGACAACCAAGCCCAAACGCAACCAACAAACACACGCACGCACUCGCUUCACGUUGCC